GGGUAUAACGCGCCAGCGCCGGCAGUCGGGCGACGCCGCUUAUAGGAGAUACACGGUUCCGCGCGGCUGCGUGUCAUAAUUUUAACCAUGCGAAACUAUAAAAGAAAAACAGAUCGUGGCACUCAAUCCGUGGAAUUGAUGCAACGUGCAGCACAUUUAGUUUUACAUGAAAACAAGUCAUUAAGAGAGGUAUGUCGGAAUUUUGAAUUAAGUAAAACUUCAUUAACAAGAUUUAUUAAACGAAUCAAGGAUGAUCCUGUAAAUUUGAGAUUUGGCUAUGGUACUCCAAGGCAGAUAUUUAAUACAGAACAAGAAGUCUGUCUUACAGAAUACUUGCUCAAACUUGCACAAAUUUUUCAUGGCAUAGGUCCUAAAGAAGUUCGUCGCAUGGCUUAUGACUGUGCAAUCAAAUAUAAAAUAAGCAUACCAAACACAUGGCACACAAACAAAAUGGCUGGUAAAGAAUGGAUGUCCGCUUUUCUUACAAGAAAUACUAGGCUUUCCAUUAGAAAACCUGAAGCAACAAGCCUCAGCAGAGCUACGUCAUUCAACAAAACUAAUGUGCACGACUUUUUCUCAAAAUUAGCAGAGGUCAUGGAUCGAUUUAAAUUUACAGCUUCUUCUAUAUGGAAUGCAGAUGAAACUGGUGUAUCAACUGUCACCAAACCAUCAAAAAUAAUUGCUGCAAAAGGAAAGCGAAAUGUUGGAUCUGUAACAUCAGGUGAACGUGGAACUAAUAUAACUCUAUUAGUCGCGGUCUCAGCUACAGGUUCAUCCAUUCCACCAAUGUUUAUAUUUCCUCGCAAAAAGUUUCAAGACCAUUUUAUUCGAGAUGGCCCUACUGGUUGCAUUGGUGCUGGAAAUUCUAGCGGCUGGAUUACUAAUGAUGAGUUUUUUAUAUUCAUCCAGCAUUUUAUUAAUAACGUCAGGCCUAAUAAAGAAUCACCAGUUCUGUUGGUUUUAGACAACCACUCUUCACACUUAUCUGUGCCUACACUAGACCUAGCUAAAGAAAAUGGUGUGGUGAUGCUUUCUUUUCCUCCUCAUUGCUCUCACAAAUUACAACCACUUGACGUGGCGGUAUACGGACCUUUUAAAAGAUAUGUGUCUUCAGCUCAAGAUGCAUGGAUGCGGAAUAAUGCUGGGAAGACAAUGACGAUAUAUGAUAUCCCUGGAAUCGUUCGCACUGCUUUACCUUUAGCUUUGACACAAAAUAACAUAAUGAGUGGAUUUGAAAAAACUGGCAUAUUUCCCUACAACGAAAAUAAGUUUGACGACGCUGAUUUUGCACCAAGCUAUGUCACGGAUCGUCCUAUGGGAAAUGACGAAAGUGAGCCACAGCCAUCAACAUCUUCAGCUUAUUUUCCACCACUAUUGUCAAACACACAACCUUCAACAUCAUCGGAUUCGCUACCACCAACAUCGCCUGACAUUGGUGAAACAUUGAUCAAUCCUCAGGGAAACUUUUCUCCCGAAGCCGUAAGACCGCUACCGAAAGCUGGCCCACGAAGUCAGCUAUAAACAGAAAACGACGCAGAACUGCUAUACUAACAGAUACACCUGAAAAAGAAAACCUUCGAAAAGAACAAGAAGAUGCAAAUAAAAAAAAAACCAAAGGUGUAAAUAAGAAAACGAAAGAAAAUAAAAAAGUACAGCAAGUAAAAAAAACAAUUUUGCAAGACGUUCAUAGUAAUUCCAGCUCUGAUGAUGAAUAUUUUUGUCUGAUUUGCUGCGAGAACUAUAGUGAUAGCGUUCCAGGCGAAGGUUGGAUACAAUGUAAUCUUUGUAAAAAUUGGGCUCAUGAAAAAUGUAUUUCAAAUAGUAGUUGUAUUUACUUUGUUUGUAAUAAUUGUGAUUCUGGAAACGAUGAGUCUGAUUAAGAUUAAGUAGCUAUAACUACCAAAGAAAUAUUUAAACUCUAGAAGUUAAAGGAGAAUUACUUUAUGUUUUAUUUUUUUAACAAUAUAAUUUAUGUUUACUUUUGUUUUUAGAAGAGUUUAAAAUUAUGUUUAGUGUUACCUAAAAUUUUAAAGUUCUGUCUGCUUUUUUUAACUGUGUUGUUCAAUAAGACUGAUUAAUUAUUAAUUACACUGUUAAGAUAGUUAGAAAUUAUUGAUAAAACUUUGUUUUUUAAAAAAGAUUUUGUUACUUGAUUAAAAUUAUUAUUAUAGGAUUUCAUUAAGAGAAAUAUUUUGUUUUGUAAUAGUUGCUACCGUACUUUUUUGUUUUUGAGUUUCGAAUAAAAAUAUACUUUUAAUUUGCAUCGGAUCGUAGUCGUUAUUAUUUCAUAAGACUCUUUCAAUUAAGAAAAUGAGAUAUUGGACCUUUUUACCCCUUGACUGUCCCUUUUUACCCCUACUAUGGGGUAAAAAGGAACAGACGGCGAGGUCUAGAAAAACAGUAAAAAAACACAUUUCUAUAGCUACGAAUCAACCGGGAAUUGGCCUAAACAUAGUUCGAUAAUUGUUCGUUUGAUAUGUGUUAUGUGUUGGGAUAUAAGUGGUUUGGUUUUUCCAGUAUGAUUAAAAAUUGUGAAAAUGGACCCUACGUUCUUGGGUGACAAGCUAAAAAACAAAUAUAUAAAAAAAACAAUUAAUUGAAGGUAUUGAUUAACUAUUAUCUUCAAUCUUAGACAAUGUUUUGAAGAAUUUUGAAAUUUUUUUCUCGCUUGACAUUUUUUAAAACCUUUUUUAUUCAGAGUGAUUUUAAGCAGUGAUAUUCUUAAACCAUCCAAUCGCAAUUUCGGCAAUAGAAUUUGCAAGUUAAAGUUUAAAUUUGCAGAUUUUACGUCAGUUUCGUCAGUCAGAUCCUCGAAUAACGAAAAAUUUUGCCACGAAUAUAGGAAUUGGGACGCAAUUUUUUAAUCCGCGAAUAGUGAAAACGCGAUUAUGGAGUUUUUACUGUACCAUCACAUUUAUUUUGUGGUUACAGUAUUUCCACUAAACUUUAGUUACGUAGUUCUCAUGUAAUUAGACAUGGUAGGUACUUUAUAUUGUAAAUAUUUACUUCGCCUAUUUACCAUAACUCCAAAACUUAUUAACAGUACGUAUUUAAAAACAUUCUUUUGUUAUUGUGUCUAAAAGUGCAUUUAACUUAUCUGUUAUUCUAGAUACAGGUAAGUAUUCUAAGUACUUUAAAUCUAGAGCGAUAAUAAUCUGUGCAGUUCUGUGCAAUGAAAUAACUAUAAAUAUAUACUUCUUGUCAAAAAAAUCGAUACAGUCCGCCUGAACAGUGACUGAACUUGUGGACUAUUUCGAUUUUUUGAUGAGAAGUAUAUAAUAUUAUGACUUUUGAUGUUUUAUGUCCCUUUCAGCUUGAGCUAAGUGCGAGAAUGGAACCCAGGACUGGAUCAUAUUUUAGUCCGAACGAACUGUUAUUGAAGCGUUAAAAGUGGCUGCUGUGGAAAUAUUUUCAAUACCACUGUGGAAAUGCGAAGAAAUUUCAAAUACAGGCGAACUUUGCGUUAGCUCUUUGACUGACACUUGAAUUUCCAUUUGCAAUCCGAAUGUUAUAUAGGAAUGUAGCAUUUUAGGGGCUCACGCUACGUUUGACUCCUUUUUCAUAGACUACAAAAUUCGCUUUUUUUAUCUCGGAGAACAAGGGAGAUUUAUUGAGGUGUACAUAAAUAUGGAGGAAACAAUGGAAUGUUUUACAUUGUAAGAGUUAAACGCAGAGAAAGUUAUUUUUUUGAAAUAAAGUGGAUGAGAAAGA